CGCUGCUCGGUCACGGUUCACCUUUGACCCAUUUCUCCCAUCUCGGAAGAUUUCUGACCCAAUUCCUUCCUUUGUUGUCACCGAUCAGUAAAUACUCGACCACAAAACCUGUCCACACACGGACGUAUUUUCAGUAUGUGAUUCGACUCGGUGCCGUGCGUCUUUGCUGGGAAAUCCAGUUGCUAAUCACUCGAGCGGCAAAAGUUUUAGCGAGAUAAUCCGGAUCAGAAGAUGCUAAUUGUCGUCGGUAGGAGGUGAUCGAGUUUGUGUAAAAUGGCGCGUUUUUGGCUGGUCGCGGUGGCGGUGGCGGCGCUGGCGGGGGCGGUGCGGGGGCAGAGGAUACCGGACAAUCCGUGUCCGGAUAUUUUCGCGUACAGACAGCAAAGGGGGGUUUACUUUGGGGAGAUUGUGAUUCCGUACGACGGGAGCAAGAGCCUGGAUUUGGCGGUUAAUAUCUCCAUGGUGGGGUUGUACCAAGAUGUGAAACUGAAGUUGGAUCUUCUUACUCCAGCCGAGCAAAUCCUCAAUAGUCCCGUUCUACGAUACAGAGUCAACUUUCCACUACGUAACGUCAUACCCAAAAUUACCCAAAUUAGCUUCAACGGGCGAAUUUUCUGCUACGGACCAUCAGAACCAGUAAGCGUUGACGGAGUUACCAACUUAUGGGCCAACGUCAUCUUUAGGAUCAACCAGUACACCUACAAUAUCCAGAGCGGUGUGAACAAUCCCUUCAUAUCGAACAAUGUUAACAAUUACAACGAACCUUCUUCCCCUAACGUACCACAGGUGACACCCCCUAUAAGUGAAUUCCAGAACGUUCCAGUGACCACACGUCCACCAAAACUAACGGUCGAGGAAAGUUGUGGACUCGCCAAUGAUAUACAGACUUUAGUACUGAAAGGAGAUAAGACUGUGGAUAAUGAGUACCCGUGGUUGGCUGCCAUGUUCCACAGACAAGGGGUAUCCUACACAUUCCAGUGUACCUCCAACUUGAUCACGAAUAGGCACGUCAUUACAGCUGCCCAUUGCGUGUGGUUCUACAAAGCCCCACUCAUCGCCAAAGAGGACAUCCUCCUGGUCAUGGGCCGCUCCGACCUCACCCAUUGGGCUACCACAGGCGCCUUGAUCCGAACAGCCCUCGAGGUCACCCCUCAUCCCAACUACAAACAAGGUUCGGGUCACUGCGACGUCGCCGUCAUCAAGCUGAACGAAGAAGUGUCCUUCAAGACCACAGUCAGACCCAUCUGCCUAUGGACCGGAGACACCAAUCUUAAACGCAUUACCGGCUCGAAAGGGGUUGUCGCCGGUUGGGGUAAAAGUGAGGAAGUCCAGAACGUGGUGGCAGUACCCAGAAAGGUGGACAUGCCUGUGGUGUCCCAAGAGACCUGUCUAAGGUCGCACGCUGAUUUCAAGAAUCUGACGUCGGAGAUGACGUUCUGCGCAGGGAAUAAAGACGGGAGUGGACCUUGUAGUGGGGAUAGUGGGGCGGGGUUUAUUAUUAAGAAGGGGGAGAGGUGGUACUUGAGGGGGUUGGUGUCGACAGCUAUUAAGAAUGAGGAUUAUUCGUGUAAUUUGGAUGAGUUUAUUGUUUUUGCGGAUAUAGCUAAGUUGGAGGAUUGGAUUAAGGUGGUUACGAAGUAAGAGCAAAUAAAUUGUUUUUUGUAA